GUGUGCAGAAGAAGAUACCAAAAGAAAAUCAAGCAACAAAUGUGGUCUUCUCAUCAUACUGAAUUUUGUGGUGAAAGAUGGGACUGUUCCUUGGGACACCAUGUACUAGAGUUCAUGGCAUGGUAAAACAGAGUCUCAGGAGGAAUCCCAAACAAACAAUGCACUUGGGUGAAGACAUCUCAACUACAGCCAGAUCUACUCUAGUCUGCCUUGGUGAGGCAGAGCAUCACAGGAAGAGGGACAAGAGAGACAAGUACUGAUGGAACAAGGGAGACAAGUGCUGAUGCAGAUGAAGGAGGAAGACAAGACCUGAUCAUCUAAGAAAGAGUGCAGAUUCCUAAGUUAAGCUGUGAGAGGACAAGAAAGAGGCACAGUUGUGUUUUUAUGUAUAGAAGGCCAGAGCUGAGAGUCUGGUUUCUUGAGGAUGAUGUACUGGCAGGAACUCUUGUGCACAUGCUGUAGUAUAAUGUUCCAAUGGAUCCGUACAUCCAUCUACACUGCAAAUGGCACAGGGAUGAUAUUUUUUAAAAAAAAGAAGAAAUGAAACCACCCUGCUGGAGAGCUUUACAAUGCUCAGCUGCUCCCAAGGAGUGCUUGGUGAAGCUACAGCCAGCAAAACAUCUUCCCAUCUAGUCACUGGCACACAGCACAGCAACCCAUUUAUGUGAGCACCUGGCUGAUCAGUUUGCCUGUGGCAGAUCUUGGCACACCCUCUCCUCUGGCUGUAAAGCUUUACUGACUUGUGUGUUUUUUCCCCCACAAACUCUUGUCUGGCAUGGGAGGACUUGGAACACACCAACCCUGGCUCUGGCAAAAACAGAAAAGUACAUUUUAGAUAACCCUCUAGGGUGCAAGCUUUGCAGCCAUUUAAGGACUUUUCUGUGGGGUUAGGGAUGAAGGGCUGUCCAUCAUCCAAAGUCUAUUGCUGAGGGAAGGGUGCCUGUGACUGCAAAGGUCUUUGGCAAAGGCCAUGAGCAUCUGAAGGCUGCUCUGAGAAAUGGAUAUGGGCUCACAGUUCCCCACAGGGUACUGUGCAGAAGAGAGCACUUUUCCACCGGUCAUCCCAGUGCAUCAUUCAUUAAACAUAAUGCCCUACAGGAAAAUCAGGGGGUUGUGUUUUCCGUACCCCGUCCUGCAUCAGCCCUGACGUCAGUAGUUUGGAACCAUGGAAGUUAAAUUAAGGCCAGUGCAGUCUAAUAGGCAAGGGAUAACAAAUGCUAAGAAGCCGAGGUAAUGAGAAAAUACCUGCCAUCUGGAGCUGUCAUAAGCAUGAAUUUACAUCUCUCCCCACGAAAUAAAUAAAUCACAGCCUGCAAAACAUUACUCUCCCUGGAUGCAAAGUCCCACUCCUACCACUGCCACCAAAAAUGUUGGCCUCCCCACUUUCUGCGCGAUCACUGGUUUCUGCUGAAAGCCCCAGGGUGACGUGCCUGGGCACGGGGAGACUUCUGCAACCACUGCCUGUUCAGGCACGAUGGCUGGAGCGGGAUCUGUUCUGCUGCAUCCGCUUGCUCCAGUCCCCGCUCUGAUGGAAAGAUUUCCUCCUGGCUCUGACAGCACCGCAGCCACUUGGGGAAGCACAUGACUUCCUUGGGAGACGGCGUUUCUUAUUUGUGUUGCAGGCCUCCAGCAGGCAUGGCACCGAGGCAAUAUUUAUAUCAGUUUUUGUAACAUCAUCGCAGCAGCUGCAAUUUUGGGAACUGAAGUGCUGGCUGGAAGUGGGAGAGACAGGCACAAAGCACAACAUGCCACAUAGAAAUGUGGAUGCAAGCGGGGGAAAAAAAAAAAAGAAUAAAAAAGAAAAGAAAAUUGGCAACCAGCCUCCUCCCCCAGAAAGCUCAUUGUGUUCCCGGGUGCCAGGGGUGCUGCUUGCCCUCCAGAUGGUUGCCACAGGGCCCAUCUGUGGAAAAGUGAGUCAAUGGCAAUUGCAGCUUAGGAUGCAUGUGAUGGGAUCAAAUCAAAUCUGUCCCCUCAGGGUGCUUGCACUCCUGGGGGAGCAGGACAGGUGAAUGGCAAUCCUCCAGCCAGGUGGCUUUCUGUGUUACACGGCAAACAGUGUUCAGCAGUUUUCUCAUACCCUUCAGCUGUGAGGAAGCAGAGUGCAACACUUGCAUGCAGGUAACCAGGCUGCCCCCCAAACUGCUGCAGCCCCAUGCUGUGCCUUGGCAAUCAGCCCUAGCAAGCUCCUUAUCCCACCUACAAUGCCAUGCUGGUGCAGCCAAGCUGCUCCCAGGUCCCCAGCUCGGAUCUCUGACCCACACUCUGCCAUGUGUCCUGACCUCUGUGGAACUAUCUUGCUGUGGCUGGGAUAUCCCCAGGGAGGUAGGACAGGGGUCUUAUCUUCCAGAUGAUUUAUUUGCUGCUUCCCAUUACAGGUAUGUCUCCUUUUCUGCCCUCUGGCUUGAUUUCAGUGGUGUUCAGCCAGUGGAGGUUUGAGGCUUUUCUGGUGCUAUGGGGCUGGAAGUCAUAGCUGCCUGAAAGGCAGUAGAGUUGUCUAAACCGUGUCUCCUUGUUCCUUCAUCUGCCCUGCAGCAGAGGCAAGUGCAUGCCCUUGGUGGGUGCCAUGUGUGUGAGGCUCUCCACUGCUCAUGCAUGUUCUCAGGUGGUUUCUACCUCUGCUGCCAAACAGCAGCAGCUGGCAGAACAUAGGCCUGAAUUCUUCACUGUCAGCUGCUUUUUCUCCCUGUAGCUCCACUGUCCUGUGGAGUUAAGUCUGACAGAGGAGGUGUCACACAGUCUCCAGUUACCUUAGAGCUUGAUGAAACUGAAGAAAGUUGACAUGAAGCAAAAAAAAAAAACUCCCAUCAAGUGCAGCCCCAGACCUGUCAGAUGAUGGACAUUUUAUUAUGGGCAAGAGCUGAAGGUCAUUUGACCCAAAUAUAGCUGUGUGGUGCAAAACACCUUCAUUGUCCUGGACAGCACAAGGUCUCUAGAAAAAGCUGGGCUGCCAACGAGCUCUCUGUGUUCAUGUGUCCUGCAGCCCUCUGAAAGGACUGCUGUGAGGAUCAAGCAGGGGAGCCAUCACUGUGUCUGUCUGGGAGGACUCUUAAAACCAGCACCUGAAGCUGCAUCACAGGCUCCCUGAGGCAGAGACACCAUCAAAGAGUGGUGACAUGUACAGGAUGUCUGAAACAAUGAGCACCAAUGAGGGGAAUAAACUUCCUUUGAAUGGGAGAAGAGCCAUCCCACCAAACUACUCCAAUGAUGAAGAAAAUGAGGUUCCUGAGAUGGAAGCUUUUGGACUGAUACCUAGAGGAUUUAAUCCUAGAGAUUACCUGCGUGUUGUGGAUAUUUAUAUGUUUAAGGAGCCUCAAGAGAUCAACAAGCAGGAGCACCACACUGACAAGUACUACAACCCCAAGCUGAUAGUACGUCGGGGACAGGCUUUCCAAAUCCAGAUUGACUUCAACCGACCCUACAAGCCAGAAACAGACCAGUUCUGGCUGGAGUUUUUGAUGGGUCGUUAUCCACAGCAAAAUAAAGGCACCUACAUCCCAAUUCUAGUAGGCAAUGUGCUAAAACCUGGUCAAUGGGGAGCAAAGAUUAUCCACAGGGAAAACAACUCCAUUCGGCUGUCCAUCAUGUCCUCUGCCACCUGCAUAAUUGGGAAAUUUCGCUUUUAUGUUGCUGUCCUGACUCCCUAUGGCAUCCUUCGGACACGCAGGAAUUCAGCGAUCGACACUUACAUCUUGUUCAAUCCCUGGUGCCAGCUGGAUGCUGUGUACCUGGAUGAUGAGAAAGAAAGGGAAGAAUAUGUCCUGAAUGAUGUUGGUAUUAUAUUCCAUGGAAACGUCGAAGAUGUAAAAUCAAGAAGCUGGAGUUAUGGGCAGUUUGAAGAAAACAUUCUGGAUGCUUGUCUGUUCCUGAUGGACAAGGCAGAACUGGAGCUCUCUGGUCGUGGGAACCCGAUCAAAAUCUGCCGUGUUGCCUCAGCAGUGAUUAACUCCAGGGAUGAAAAUGGUGUGAUUGCUGGAUCCUGGAACAAUUCAUACGAUUAUGGCGUUGCACCUUCAGCCUGGACGGGAAGUGUGGACAUUCUCUUGGAGUAUUACAGUUCCAAGCAACCUGUCCGAUAUGGCCAGUGCUGGGUCUUCGCUGGUGUCUUCAACACAUUUCUGAGAUGCUUGGGGAUACCUGCAAGACUCAUUACCAACUAUUCUUCUGCCCAUGAUAACAAUGCAAAUUUACGGUUGGACUUCUUUCUGGAUGACGAAGGAAAAGUGGACACCAGACUUACAAAAGACUCUGUCUGGAAUUAUCAUUGCUGGAACGAAGCUUGGAUGACCAGACCUGACCUUCCUGUUGGUUUUGGAGGAUGGCAGGUUGUUGAUGGGACACCUCAAGAAACCAGUGAUGGUAUGUAUAGGUGUGGUCCAGCCUCAGUUCAAGCCAUUAAGCAUGGUCACGUUUGCUUCCAAUUUGAUGCUCCUUUUGUCUAUGCUGAGGUGAAUAGUGACAUUUUUUACACAAGAGUGGAGAAAAAUGGAACACAAGUGGUAGAAAAGAUUGACACAGCCCGUAUUGGGCAGUUGAUUGUGACCAAGGAAGUUGGAGGUGAUGGAAUGGUGGACAUUACUGAGGAGUACAAGUUCCGAGAAGGCUCAGACGAGGAGAGGCUGGCUCUUGAGACUGCUGUGAUGUAUGGUGUUAAAAAGCAAAGUAUCCAAGAUACCACGUACCAGCCACAGACAGACGUUGAUAUGGACUUCCAAGCACAAAAGGCAGUCCUUGGCAAUGACUUUAAAGUCACUAUAACUUUCAGGAACAAGAGUCGCAACUCCUAUACUGCAACUACCUACCUUUCGGGCAACAUAGUGUUUUAUACAGGAGUCACAAAAAGUGAAUUCAAGAAGCACUCCUUCAGCGCAAAACUGGAACCCUCUUCAUCCAGCUCUUUCGACAUCGUGAUCAAAUCGAGCGAGUACAUGAGUGACCUGCUGGAGCAAGCCUCCUUUCAUUUCUUUGUGACUGCAAGGAUCAAUGAAACGGGGAAGAUUCUGGCCGUGCAGAAGGCGAUAAUGCUGGAAAUUCCCACCCUGCGGAUCAAGACCAAAGGUGAACUGGUAGCUGGUAAAGAAGCGUCUGUGAUUGUGGAAUUCACCAAUCCUCUGAAACAAACCCUGGAGAAUGUCACACUCCGCCUCGAGGGACCUGGCGUGCUGAGAACAAUAAAAAAGCAGUUCGGGAGAAUCCCAAUGAACUCUACAUUGACCUGGGAAGUAAAAUUUUUCCCAAUGCGACCGGGUUUACGAAAGCUGAUUGCAAGCCUGAAUUCUGAUGCUUUGAGGCAUGUGUAUGGUGAGCUGAAUGUUCAGAUUCAGAAACCGUGAACCAAGGUGCUGCCUUCUUCUCUCACUUAGGUAUAUUUAAAAAUAUCAUGGGUGGCUGAUGGAGAGGUAUAAAUCUGCUUAUUGUUAUUUUGAUCAUCCUUGUGCUGAAAAAAAUUUAUCAAGCAAACUAAUUGGUAUGUCUGGGGAGAGAAUAAAAAAGCACCUGGAUGCUGAAUGAUUUAAAAUUAGCUAUAUGUAAUUAAAGGCAAUUCUAGGUCAUAUUAUUCCUGUAGUUCACUUGUAUUUAUGGUCUUUUGCAUUAGUGCUGCAAGGGAAUUUGAAAAGCUCCAUUCGCCAGAGUAAUUUGAACUUUAAUUUUAAUUAAGGCCUGGUAUUUCACUGAAGAGGGAUGGAAAAAAUAAAGAAGCAAUUGUUAUAAAUUCUUAUACUGAACUACACAAUAUUAUGAUAGAUCAUUCAGGCUGCAAUAGAAACAGGUAUUUCUAGCUAAAAGGUCUGCUUUAUCUUUGCAAAUUAUAACGUUCUGGUUUGUGGAGACCCACUUUGCUGGAAGCAUCUCUCAGGAUGUUUUAUCUCCAGAAUAUUUUCAGCCCCUUGUUUCAUCUUGCAUCUUCCCUAUGCUUUUUCUGCUAUUGUCUCAUGUGCGCAGGCACUCACAUAUACUCACUUCAUAGCCUCAUCAGACCCCAUAUGCAGUUGGUAUGCUGUUCCUCUACUUUGCUGGGCAAAAAUCCAGAGUUUUUCUGUCUCUGCUCAGAGUUUAUCACACAAAACCUGCAUUUGCUGGUCAUAUCUCUUGUGCAAGAUGUGUUCUGUCUUCACCCUACUCUGCCUUUUUUUCUCCCCUGAGCCCACCCUGUAGACCAAUCUCCCACAUGAGUGUGUCAGGAGUGUUCGCUGUCCCGGAGCAGUGCAGGCUGGCAAAUGGGGUGAAGGAAAGAGGAGAGGAGCAGGGAACCUGAGGGUCUUCUCCUGCCAGUCCCACAAGCCUAGCCAAUAUCCUACACUGGAGCUGGGGGCAACUUUAGACUAAAAAUUUGAGUAUUUAAAUUAAAUCAUGCCUGAAAGUUCCCAAGAGUCAUGGCUAAAUCAGAACUACAUGAGUAACCCCGGGAGUACUGAGGGACAGAAACUCAUCUGGGAAAGGAAUAAAGAUGUAUCCUGAGAGUCAGAAACUUACACAAUCCACAGCAACUCCUCCCCUCUGGCCACAGUGUGUAUGUAAGAGCAGAUCAGGGAUUAACAGCCCAGGGGAGCAAGUUGAGCUUCUAAAGUUAAAAGGAACAUCUUGCUCUUUAAACCCUGAGGCUUUACUGGAUGGCCAUAUCAUUUGAUGACCAUGUCAGUGGUCUCAGUGAAAAGCAAAGGAGAUGCCUUCCCUUCUGCUCCUCUUGUUGCCACGCACUGCCCACAGUACCUCCUGCAAGACCUGUAACCAGCUGUUAAAAUCUUGGGAGAGGAAAAACACAGCUGCUCUUUUUAUCAAAGUGUGGGAACAAAGUAAAAAUUAAUACCACCUCAAAUCCUCCGGGACUACCCCAGGAUCCAGGAAAACCAGACUUUUGGGGGUUUUCGCUUCAGGCGUGGACACACCCUCAUUUCAUACAGCUUAUGUGACCACAUUAGAAACCUUGCAAUGUCAAAGUCUCCCAUAUAAGUCCUGUGGGGUAGAAGAAACUGGACAAUGUGUUGUCAGUGCAAGGUGAGAAUCUCUGUUAGGUAAUUAAGCAGUGUUACCAAGAUCUUCAUCUUCUAAUACAAUUAUCCAUUUUGUGCUCUUGCAUACAAACCUGCUUUCUAUUCCAGACAUUUUAUAUAUACAGUGUAAUAAGAAUUCAAAAUAAAGCGUGUCUGAUUGCA